UUCUUUGCACACGUUUUAAGCAUUUUGCUCAUAAUAUAUAAUCCUAAUGUUCAUGGAAAAUUUAUUUAUAGGAUUUCUUGUGGUAAUGGUUAAGGCUUGAAAAUGUUUCUUCGAUAAGUUUAUUUGAAGAGAAGAUUCAAAGUUAUGUGAUGGAUAAUAGCAACAAAUUUAGUACAUCAUGUGACUCUACUCUGACAGCUCAAGUAAACAGAAGAACAAAAAUCCCGUCUACAACCAAUUUAUUUUCGACAAACUAUCGAGAAAAAACAUCAUCCGAAUCUGACGGCGAAAACUUUAUAGAAUCUAACUCACAUUCAGAUCCCAAAGCACCGACGAAGUGUCCGGAUACCAAUAAUUCUAGCCAGUCAACUGAAGAGCCGGUUUUACCACAAGAAAAAUCUAAAUCCAAACACAAGUCGCCUAGAGGUUGCAACACAUUGUCAUGUAUCACUGAGAUCGAGGACGUGUGUGCUGAGUAUAGUAGUAAGACUCCAAAACCUGAAAAAAAUAGCAGGAGACAGACAGUUUUAGAGGAGAUAUUCGAUCCAACGUAUGGAGUGACUGAGGAAGAGGUGCUGGAGUUCGCCAAGCUACAUGGGAUCUGUCCUGUAGAAGAACCUGAGCUCGUCGCAGCCGCUCGAACUGUUCUUCUCACGCCGCUGCCUCCACCUUGGCAAGCUGUAUUUGACGAAGGCGCGCAGGCAGUGUACUACCACAACCCUACCACGGACCACAGCUCGUGGUUGCACCCCCUGGACGCAGACCUCAGGGAGGCCGUCAGGCGUGGCCGUGACAGAGGCGAGUUAUAG